AUGGAUUUAGUGAUGCGUACCAAGGACACAGCAUGGACCAGCUUUGUGUCUGAGAGGGCUACUGAUAUCGCCCCCUGUAGGGACAAGAGGAGACAUCUUCUCUUUCUCAGCUCCAGGGGAACUUUAACUGUUCCCUGUGACCAUCUGAGCUUUGAGACAGUGUCGGCCAAUCAACAAAUCAUUUUAGUUAUAAAGACAUGUCUUCACAGGAAGAGGAGUGAUGUUUCUGUGGAGGAGCUGCUGUCCUGCUGUGCUUUGUGUCAGGACGUCCUGAAGGAUCCAGUCUCUAUCAGCUGUACCAGCUGUGGACACAGUUUCUGCAGACAGUGCAUCACCUCAUACUGGGACCAGUCUGCUUCAUCAGGAGACUCCUCCUGUCCCCAGUGUGGACAAAGAUCCAGAACAAGAGAGGUUGUAGAUGAACAUAAGAGCAGUCUGAAGAAGAGAUGUGAAUGUGUGACUGAAGGAACUGAUGAAACAGGAAGUGGAACCCUCCUCAACAGGAUCUACACUGAGCUCUACAUCACAGAGGGACAGAGUGAAGAGGUUAAUACCCAACAUGAGGUGAUGCAGCUUGAGACAGCUUCCAAGAUGAAGAUCCUCCAUGACACUCCAAUCAAGUGCCAGGACAUCUUUAAAGCCUUACCUGACCAACAGGGACACAUCAGAGUCGUUCUGACGAACGGCGUCGCUGGCGUUGGAAAAACCUUCUCAGUGCAGAAGUUCACUCUGGACUGGGCAGAGGGCUGGGAAAACCAAGAUGUCAGUCUGGUGGUUCUGCUUUCGUUCAGGGAGCUGAACUUGAUCAGAGAUGAGCAGUACAGUCUUCUCAUGUUGCUCCAUGUUUUCCAUCCAACAUUACAGAAGGUCACAGCAGAGAAGCUCGCUGUCUGUAAAGUUCUGUUCAUCUUUGAUGGCCUGGAUGAAAGCAGACUUUCACUGGAUUUCCACAACAAUGAGGUUGUGUCUGAUGUCACCCAGAAGUCAUCAGUCAACGUGCUGUUGACAAACCUCAUCCAGGGGAAUCUGCUUCCCUCAGCUCUCGUCUGGAUAACUUCCCGACCUGCAGCAGCCAAUCAGAUCCCUCCUGCAUGUGUUGACAGGGUAACAGAAGUACGAGGCUUCACUGACGCCCAGAAGGAGGAGUACUUCAGGAGGAGAUUCAGUGAUGAAGAGCUGUCCAGCAGAAUCAUCUCACACAUCAAGACAUCCAGGAGCCUCCACAUCAUGUGUCUAAUCCCAGUCUUCUGCUGGAUCACUGCUACAGUUCUGGGCCACAUGUUGACUACAGACCAGAGAGGAGAGCUGCCCAAGACCCUGACUGACAUGUACUCACACUUCCUGGUGGUUCAGACAAAGAGGAAGAAGCAGAAGUAUGGUGAGGGACAUGAGACGAGUCCACAGGAGCUGACGGAGGCUGACAGGGAAGUUCUUCUGAAGCUGGGGAGGCUGGCGUUUGAACAUCUGAUGAAAGGAAACGUCAUGUUCUACCAAGAAGACCUGGAGCGGUGUGGUCUGGAUGUCACAGAGGCCUCGGUGUACUCAGGAGUUUGUACAGAGAUCUUCAAAAGAGAGUGUGUGAUCUUCCAGAAAACAGUCUACUGCUUUGUUCAUCUGAGCAUUCAGGAGUUUCUGGCUGCAGUCUACAAGUUCCACUGUUACACAAACAGGAACACAGAGGUACUGGAGGACUUCCUGAGAGAAGAAUAUCUUCAUUCACUCCUGGAGAGAGUCAUGGAGAAAUCCUUUGAAAGUAAAAAUGGCCACCUGGACCUGUUUGUUCGUUUCCUUCAUGGCCUCUCUCUGGAGUCCAACCAGAGGCUCUUAGGAGGCCUGCUGGGUCAGACAUACAACAGUCCAGAAAUCAUCCAGAGAAUCAUCAACAACCUGAAGGCGAUGAACAGAGAUCAUAUCUCUCCUGACAGAAGUAUCAACAUCUUCCACUGUCUGACGGAGAUGAACGACCAGUCGGUACAUCAGGAGAUCCAAGAGUUCCUGAAGUCAGAGAACAGAUCAGAGAAGAAACUCUCUGAGAUCCACUGCUCAGCUCUGGCCUACAUGCUGCAGAUGUCAGAGGAGGUUCUGGAUGAGUUGGACCUGAAGAGUUACAACACAACAGACGCGGGACGACUGAGACUGAUUCCAGCUGUGAGGAACUGCAGACAAGCAGAACUUUCUGAAUGUGGACUCUCAGAUACUCACUGUGAAGUUGUGGCCUCAGCUCUGAAGUCUAACCCCUCCCAUCUGAGAGAGCUGGACCUGAGUCACAACCACAACAUACAGGAUUCAGGAGUGAAGCUGCUGUCUGCUGGACUCGAGAGUCCAAACUGUAGACUGGAGAGUCUGAGGUUGUCAGAGAUCAGCUGUGCUUCUCUGGUCUCAGCUCUGAAGUCCAACCCCUCCCAUCUGAGACACCUGCAGCUGAGUGAAAACAAGCUGCAGGAUUCAGGAGUGAAGCUCCUGUGUGGUUUUCUGGAGAGUCCAAACUGUAGACUGGAGAUUCUGGGAUUGGGGCGCUGCAGGUUGUCAGAGAUCAGCUGUGCUUCUCUGGCCUCAGCUCUGAAGUCCAACCCCUCCCAUCUGAGAGACCUGGAUCUGAGGGACAACAAGCUGCAGGAUUCAGAUGUGAAGCUGCUGUCUGAUCUUGUGGAGAGUCCAAACUGUAGACUGGAGACUCUGAGAUGGAAGGAGUGAUCUCUGUCAGAGUCUGAGUGAUCAGAAAAGUGGAUGUGUUGAGAGGAUCAGCCGUGUCCUGAUGAUCCACAGAGGUUCACCACCUGGACCUGGAUCUUAUUUUGUCUCUUUUUUAUUCAUUCAUAUAUUCUGAACCCAAAAUGCCUCUGCAGAAUAGUUCAGUUUAUGACAACAUAACUGUAGAUUAACACAUUUAAAUAGAUCUUUCUGCUUUGCUUUGUGUUGUAGCUCCACUCUGUGGAACGAUGGAGUUUUGCUGUUUAUUUCCACGUAUUUCUAAAUAACAGUGGAAGUUAAUAAAGUUACCCUAUUAAAACCAAGCCCUCAGUAAGAGCGCCCUCCACACCUUCGUGGGAUGGUGCAGAGGGUACAGAGCCGCUUCAACCACCACCCCGCCAAAGCCAGCAGCAGAAUAGAGCGGGUCUAGCAUAAUGAAGGUGCAAUGGAGGUGCCUGCUAUUUAAAGAACGGGUCCAUUAUUAUUAUUAUUUCGAUUUUUUCUAGGUGUGUGUUCCUUAUAUCAAAUUUUGGUCGAAGUACUUCCACAGUAACAAGGUUUUGUUUUAUUUUCUACACACAGAUAACCGUACUUAAACUAUCUUUAGUCUAACGCUGCCCUGCACUCUGUGUCAUAAACUGCCUUACAUUUUUAACUGUACAGAAAAUAGUGAAAAUAACUGGCUGUCAUUAAACCAACGCUACAAUGCUGUGUCCUCCCUACACAUGAAAUCAUACCUGAUGUUCUCCUGGCUCUGCUGUCAGUCCUUUAAGGACCCGACGUCUCUUCUCCGCUGCUCUUUCGUAGCCCAACCACAAAGUAGAAUACAGGUUUUCCUCCGUUAGAUUUUUGUCGACAAAAUGAAAUUAGCACACAUACGGGGUUUAGGGUGGUCUCUUCAAGUUUAGGUUUCUCAGUCACAGUCUUCUGGAUUCCCCGUCUGAAGGUAGGCGAUGGAAACUGUACCGUUGGUCACAAAAACAAUCCCUUUUUGUUUUGGGUGCAUGUUCAACACACUGUUGUUGAAGCCACAAAUUUAGCUUUGUCUGGUUGUUAGUACAGCCGCGAACAGCACAACAAGUACAAGAGCUCCGCAAGGACAUUUUAGAAAAACGCAAAUUGAACGUUAGUUAAAUAUCUGUUAAAAAGGUGUUUAAAAAUGGUUGUCCUAUGGGACUAACUAGCUUACUGCUACUUCCGCUACCUCAAUGGAAGUUAGGCCCAUAAUCAUUUCUACAGUAACGCCCCCCGAGAAUAAGGUGGAUAAAGAGUUAUUUAGCACCAGGCUGAGAAGCAGUGUUUUGCUGCUCCUGUAUUUCACCGUAGCAAGGUGAGAGGUUAAACCACCGGAGGUCAGCAAAAACAAGCUUCUCAGGGGUUGUUGAGUUACUCUGGAAUCCAAGGCACUUUCAGGUAGACGUAACCUGAGGUGGGGCUACCAACAUGUGCAAAGCCAGAGGGCUUUAGAAACUCCAGUAAUCUGGAGAAAAAUGUUGGGCACUCAACACCCUUGGCGAAUCCUGUUAUCUUCUUGUCAAUCAAGUGCUGGUUACAAUUACGAAGAAAUUACAAUGAUGAUUUAUGUUUUCCAUCUUGCAUAAAAAGGUUUUUGUUCAGUAAUGGUCAUUUCAACCAGUAACCAUGCUUAUACCAGUUAUUUUUCAUUUCAUUACAUACCAGCGGGUGUGCAGUUUGCAGGAGCUUAGUUUAGUUAUUAUACUGUAACUAACAGGGGUGGGGGAAAAAAAUCCAUUCGCUGAUUUUGAAAUAGAUUUUUUUAAUACCAGGAUCAAUAUAUUUGCUUCAUUGAGUCUAUGCGGAGGUAGAAGGA